GUAUUUGCGCGCUGCUGUAGGCCGGGAGGUGAGGGGAAGCUGCCCGUGUCUCACGCCCCGGAUCCGGCUCGGGCCCGCCGCCAUGCCGCCCAAGUUCGACCCCAACGAGAUCAAAGUCGUGUUCCUGAGAUGUACCGGCGGGGAGGUCGGUGCCACUUCUGCGCUGGCACCUAAAAUUGGCCCUUUGGGUUUGUCUCCCAAAAAGGUUGGUGAUGACAUUGCCAAGGCAACAGGUGACUGGAAGGGGCUGAGGAUCACCGUGAAACUCACUAUCCAGAACAGGCAAGCUCAGAUUGAGGUUGUCCCUUCUGCCUCUGCCCUGAUCAUCAAAGCCCUCAAGGAGCCUCCUCGUGACAGGAAGAAGCAGAAGAACAUUAAACACAGUGGCAGUGGCAGCUUUGAUGAGAUAGUAAACAUCGCACGUCAGAUGAGGCACAGGUCCUUGGCUCGGGAGCUCUCUGAGCUAAUACAGAAGCCAAGAACUCACAACAGGGAAGUUAAUUAAGAUUUUUUGUAACAAUUAUGAAACCUCAAUAAAACCUGUAGUUGUCUGAGAAAAAAAAAAAA